UGCAAGGGUGAAGAACCAUUACUUUACCGCUGCUGGGAUUGCUUUGAGGCAGAAAUGGUGUGUCGUUCAUGUAUGCUUCAACAGCAUGUACAUAAUCCACUCCAUAGAGUCGAGUGGCACAUUUUUGUGCAAGCCUCUCUGAAGCUGCUUGGCUUGUGUGUCCAGUUGGGCCACAAUCUAGGAGAGAAGUGUUACAAUCCUGAGUGUGCUGCUGGCGAUGAUUUUGUUGUUAUAGAUGUCCAUGGUAUUCAUGAAAUCGGCCUGGAUAUUUGUGGCUGUGAGACGGCCCAAAUCCAUUACAAGCAGCUUAUUCGUGCACAAUGGUUUCCAGCUACAGCAAUAAGUCCUCAUACUGCUGCCACAUUUGCACCCAUGGAGUUCUUUCACCUACUUACAUUUGAAUCAAAGGUCUCUGCAUACGAGUUGUAUCAUAGUAUUGCUAGACAGACAGAUAAUACUGGUAUCACACCAAUUAUGGUG